GAAGUGGAAGUGAAUUGUGGAGAAGAAAUUGAGAAAAGUAGAAAGAGCUGAAUUCAUUUGACGAACCUUUCCAUCUUUUUCAACGGGAAAAUUAUGGCGGAACUUUUAUAUGAAAAUCGUGUUGAACAUAUUUUCUUACUUCUUUGGGAUCUUAUUGUGUUCUAUGUGAAAUCAUUCAUUUACAUCUGUGAAGCUUUUUACCUAAGUUUACUACCGACAAAAUUUAGAAAUUUAAAGGAUGUUAAAAAUCAAGUUGUGCUUAUUACCGGAGGUGGUGGCGGCGUUGGAAAAUUGCUGGCAUUAAAUUUUGCAAGACUUCAAUCUCGAGUGAUCAUUUGGGACAUUAAUCAAGAAGCUAUAAAUUCAACGAUUGAAUUAUUGGCGUCUGAAGGAUAUUCAUGCAAAGGAUAUGUCGUUGAUUUGGCAAAUAAGGAGAAAAUCCAGCAAACUAUGAAAAUAGUUCGUGAGGAUGUGGGUGCUGUGCAGAUUUUGAUCAAUAACGCCGGGACGGUGUGCUGUAAGCCACUCUGGGACCUCCAGGAGAAGGUCAUUGAGAACACAUAUGCUGUUAAUGUUCUAUCGCACUACUGGACCGUCAAGGGAUGCCUGGACGAUAUGAUUGAUAAUGGUGGACAUAUUGUUACUGUUGCAUCAGUAGCCGGCUUAUUGGGCACAUAUGGUUGCACGGAUUACAGCGCCACGAAGUUCGCGUGCAUUGGAUUCCAUGAGGCUCUGUACACGGAAUUACGAACGCAUGGUCAUGAUAAUGUGCACAUGACCCUUGUCUGUCCAUACUACAUCAAUACGGGAAUGUUUGCUGGCGUUCGACCACGAUUGAUGCCAAUGUUGGAGCCUGAAGCCGUUGCAGACGCCAUUGUUGGUGCUGUGCGAAAAAAUGAAGUAAACUGCGUUCUUCCGGACAGUGUUAGAUUCCUUCUUCCGCUCAAACACUGGCUUCCCGCCAAAGUAUCCUGGGAACUAAUGGCUCGCGUUAUGAAGGGACCAAGCUCAAUGAUGCUCUUCAAAGGACGUGGACGUGUAGCAGCUGGAUAA